AAUAGAAUCGGGGGUUUCCUGCGGCACUGUGUGAGAUCGGUUUUGUUGUGAGCGACGUUUCAUCAGCAUUUACUGUGUGGUUUAAAAAAUUCUUGUAAGAAGACAAUGGCCUCUAAAUCAGUCAGCCAAUGGGAGGAGAUGUUCUUAAAGUACGACAAAGACAGCAACGGGACGCUGGAUAUUCACGAGCUCAAGAGUUUAUUGGAGGAAGGAGACAGCACAAUAACAGACGACCAACUCCAGCAAGUGUUCACAUUCUUUGAUGGCACUGACGGGGACAAGAGGAUAACCUUGGAAGAGUUCAAGGCCGGGAUGCAGAAAGUCCAAGAUAGGGUCGUGACACUGACCGCACUGUUCAACAAAUACUCCAAACACGAGCCAGGAUACCUCAGCACGGAGGAACUGGACGAGCUGCUGGCCGCUGAUCAGCAGGAGUUCUGCCCAGAGGAGAACGACUCGCUCCUCCAGAAGGUCAACGCGGCGGGGAAGAUUUCUCAGGAGGAGUUCAUCAACAUCUGCACGUGAUCCUGCCCUGGUAGUCUGCUCUUGGUGCUAACUCACGUUUGACGUGCAGCUAAUCCUUUUAUACUAAAAUAAAUUCUUCGUCAUUUGACUUCUAACAUUUCUAAUCUUUUUGUCUAUCAAAGUUUUUUUUAAUAAAAAUUCCAGUAAAAUUUUUAAAGACAGUGUUUAAAAAUAUUUCAUCAAUGAAAAACAAAAAGAAAUAUAAAAUACGGAUCUAUGAAUUAUAUUAUGAAAGAAAUAGUUGUUUGUAGAAAGAUUAAUCCUAAGUCAAACUUCUUAUGAUAAAUUUGCGUGUAUGGCUGAUUGAGAAAGUUAAAAGUGAACAGUCAAAUCCUGUUAGAAUAUUUUUUUAGAUAGUCUAAAAUAAAUGUACAAUUCGAUAUAUUACAAUGGAUUAACAUUUCCUACGAAUAUUUUUUUAAAAGAUCUCAAUAAAACUAAUAAGAUGAUUGCUUGUUUAUAUUAAAUCCUCUUUCUUUAACUACAGUUAAAAAUAAUAUAUCUAAGUAUAGAUUUGACUUUUUAUCAAGUACUUUCUCUUUCGCUUGAACUUUAGUCGUAUCAACGUACCGAUGUUUUCUUUAUGAAACAAAAUGGGGCUGAGAAACCAACCAAUGCGACGACACUUUGACAUCAAAAUCGUUGGUCACCCGCAUGCUAAGUUAAUGUACACAACAUGGUAGCUAAAACACCUCAUACACAGAACAAUCAAGGCAACUCAUUCACACCAGCUUUCUCUGUGUUCUUAAUGGAUACGAUCAUACACAUCAUUUAUUUUUAAAACUUUAAAUUCAUAAUUAUUCAUUAAAAGAAAUUAAACAUACUAGAAACAAAUUUUUCUGAAAUUGUAAAAGUUAAAAUUAAGAUGAAUGAAAAUUAAACUUGGAAACGCUUUGUUCGAUUUCCCAUGAUCUUAUUACCUUUAGAUGAUGUCUACAUUAUUUUAAGAACUUCAUUCUUAAAAAAAUAAAAUUUGGAUUUUUCAC